GGUUACGCGGCGCGCACACAGCAGUGGCCAUACAUAUAGAGACACUAGUCUAUUGCAAGUAGUUGAGACGGCACGUGAUGUCGACGGCGUUUCUCGUCGACAGCCUACUGCAUGCACAGCGCGCCCAGAGCUACAGUGAGAGCCAGCUAAAGUCGAGCCUCAGCGAGAUGCUGCUGAGCCGCGGCCCGAACGAGCCGGCGCCGGAGGAGCGCAACUCCGCCGAGCUGCUGUGCAAGACGUGCAACUGUGGCAAGCGCGGCUACAAAUGUGAUAAGUGCCGUGAGAAUCGUGCAGAGAGUGUGGACAGCAUCGAGGAAAUGGACAUGGAUGAGGAUGAAGACGACGAGGAUGAGGACGAAAUUGUUGCGGACAUCGAUAGCGUCGAGGCGCCCCAUCUGGACGAAGAGGAGCUGGACGACGAGCUGGAGCGAGAGGCAAUCAAAUUGCCCAAAGUGGAGCCCAAGGAGACCUCCAACAGCACCAGCAGCGGCGCCACCACCAUCCUCAAGGAUAACAACAGCAAGCCCAUACUGAAGUUCAGCGUAUCUGCCAUCCUGGGCGACACACGCGAAGGAGUGCGCGUGAGGAACGAGUUCAUGCAACCACAGCAUAUAUGGCCUUAUCUACAACAGAACUUUAUGCAACAUCACACACAUCAGUAUCAGCAGCACCAUCAUCACGCACAACAACACCAGCAGCAGCAGCACCAACAGCAACACCAGCAGCAACAGCAACAGUCGCUGGCGCCACAUCACCAUCAGCAACACCAUCAGGCAUUGGUGGGGCAGGCGCCAUUGGGCCUGUCGCACCCACUGCAUCAUCAUGCCCAUGCACACUUUCCGCAUCCCGCAUUUCUAACGCAUCAGCAUCAACAGCAUCAGCAUCAGCAUCAGCAGCAGCAGCAGCAGCACAACCACGGCAAUAGUUGUCAACCGCAAACCACAGCAACGACGGCAGCAUCCUCGUCGUCACCUGGCAGCACAAUUAGUGAUAGCGACAACAAUCACAGUAGCAGCAACAGCAAUUCCAACAACAACAACAACAGCAGCAACAACAACAACAGCAGCAGCAGCAACAAUGCUGCCCUCGAUGGUCGACCGCAUGAAAUCGACGAGGACAACAACAAUCGAAGAUUAACGCAAGAAAAGCUACAACAGCAACAACAGUUGACUGGACAGGCGGCAGGAGGCGGCGGCGGCGUCGGGGCAGGGGCCGGAGCACAUCCGACACCCCCGCCACCAGCCAUGCAUCCGGUGAUUGCGAAGCCCAUGCCCAGUCGGCCAACUCCCUUUCUGCCCCACACCCUGAACCAUCCGCAUUUGCAUUCGCUGCUGGCGCACUGUCGCAAUCCCUACAUGAGUGUUGGUGCCCAAGUGUUUCCCCUGCCGCCGGGCCAGGGCUUCCCCUGGGCGCAUUCGACACGUGGCAAGCCUCGCCGUGGCAUGAUGCGGCGUGCCGUCUUCUCAGACUCGCAGCGCAAGGGCCUGGAGAAACGCUUUCAACAGCAGAAAUAUAUCAGCAAGCCAGAUCGCAAGAAACUGGCCGAGAGACUGGGCCUAAAGGACUCUCAGGUAAAAAUUUGGUUUCAAAAUCGUCGCAUGAAGUGGCGCAACUCCAAGGAGCGCGAGCUGCUGGCCAAUGGCGGCUCACGCGACCAGACGCUGCCCAACAAGAACAAUCCCAAUCCGGAUCUGUCAGACGCCAAAUGCGAUCGCCCACUGACGCCGCUGUCGCCGACGCUGCUCUCGCCCAGCGGCAGUGCCACGCCACCGCCCCUGGCGGCGUCAACAGCUGCUGCCAAGGAUGAGCCAGGCGCAGGGCUUGGAGGUGGAGCGAGUGCGUCGACUGCUGUCACACCCAAAUCACCGCAAUCUGCCACCAGCAGCUCGCCUGUGGAGGGUGCACCGACGCCGACGUCCAUCAGCAACCACCCAACCGGUCCGAGCGGCUAUGGCAUGCAAAUCAGCUCACCGCCGCCGCUGCUCACCAGCAUCAAGAUGGGCGAUCAAUCGGGCACGCCCACACCAACGCCCACCGUGUCGUCGGCAGCCUCUUCGCCGCCGGGCAUUGGCAGCGCCGCUGAGUUUCAGGCGAAGAUCAAUGCGGAGAUGCAGAAGCAGCUGGUGGCCGCUGAUCUGAAAUUCAAGCUGGAGAGCAGCAUCCAGGAGGCCAAACAGCGCCGCUUCGAGCAACUGCAGCAGCUCCAUCACUCGCCUCACUUUACGGCCAUGCGCGAAGUGGAGCUGGCAGCCGCAGCAGCAGCUGCGCAACUGCAUCAUCAUCACCAGCAGCAGCAACAACAGCAGCAACAACAACAGCAGCAACAGCAGCAGCAGGCGACGCCCAGCGGCACGCCCACUUCGGCUGCCCACUUUCAGAGUACAGAGUUCAUGAAGCUCUACUAUGAGGACUACGAGGACUCCAACUCGGACAGCGAUGAGGAAAUAAGCGUAACGUGAUUGCCAGGACAUGCGGCCAGGGGAAACUAUUUUGUAAAUAUAUGUUUAGCAUUUUUAAUUGUACAUUUUGCAUAAUUAUCAUUAUACCUACUUAUAAAGCUAAUGAAUUA